CUCCUGUAGAUUAUCAUCUGUGGUGGCCAUUUGGCAAACGUAAAAAAUCAGUGUGUUGGCUCGGGUUUAGGAUUUUUAGGCAAAUAUUCAUAAUUAUCACGUAAUAAGUAAUUAGUUAUAUUAUAAUGCAACUUAAAUAGUAUACGUAGCCAUGAUAUUAGUUAAAAUAUAUUAAUUAUCUUUUGUUAUACGUAUAAUUGUUGCAAACGUUUUUACGUCGAGUGCAGUCGACCGGGCGGUCAUGAAAUUGGAUUUCUAGUCGAAAUUUUGUAUGGAUAUCGAGAAAAUGGAGCUCAGGGAGGCUGGAGAUGGGGCUGCGGCGGGAGAAUAUGACCGCGCGCCCAAGAAAUAUAGCUGGGCUGAAGUCCGCCAAGCUGUUCACGAUUUACGUAAAGAACUGUCGUCUUUAUCUACAAUGGUACCGAUGGCUAUCUCGUUCAGGAAGCUCGGUAACGGAAAGACCAGGAUUUACUUCUUGAGAACCCCACAGAACGGAUGGGAGAUCACUCUCCUUUAUACCGAUGUUACGCCGUCGCAACAGCCCAGUAAUUCGAGGUUAGAUUGGAAGCCGCUCAUAGAGUCCAACGUAGCGCUGGGCGUGUCGUCGGGGAAGUGGUCCCGGGAGGAGCAGCUGCUGUGGGAGCGGCAGAGGGUGGCGGCCUGGGGCAUCGCCUCCUACGAGCUGCACCCGCGCACCGGCCGCGUGCUGUUCCCAUGCGCCUCCUCGCUGUUCAUAGCUGAGGAGGGACCCAAUCAGUCGCCGCCGCUGGUGCCGCGGUCGCUCAGCACGGGCUGGGGCGCGCCGCUGACGCCGGCCAUGUGUCCCUCGCUGCCGGCGCUCGUGGCGCACGCGGCGCGCGGCGACGUGUGGCUCGCGGGCGACACGCUGCGCCGGCCCGCCCGGCUCACCUACGCGUGCAAGGGCCGAGACGAGCGGCUAGCGGAGGACCCGCGGCAGGCCGGCGUGCCGUGCUACGUCACGCAGGAGGAGUUCUCGCGCUACACCGGCCUGUGGUGGCAGCCCAAGUGUGACGAUGAUGUAUUUCGGAUAGUCUACGAAGAGGUAGAUGAAAGUGAGGUGAAAAUAUUCAGCUUCCCUUCCUCGCAGAGCUCUAGUGGUGAAGUUGAAGAAUUCAGGUUUCCCCGAGCCGGCACACCCAACGCGAAGUCGAUACUCAAGCUGGUGACGUUCCGCCUGCAGAAGGCCACCCCCACCACCGUGCUGGACUACUACCAGGAGGGCAACUCGGAGCGGAUAGUUUCAGAGUGCGGCGGCGACUCGCUGGAGGUGACCGACAUCCGGUGGUACGAGCUGCGCAACUCGCUCAAGGAGACCUUCCCCUGGCUGGAGUACCUGGCCAGGGUCGGCUGGACGCCGUGCAGUCAAUACGUGUGGGUGCAGCUGCUGGACCGCAAGCAGCAGCGGCUGGAGCUGGCGCUGGUGCCGCUAGGCGAGUUCAGCGCGCGCGCCGGCUACGAGAACGCGCCCGCCGACAUGAACCCCGGGGAGACGCGGGAGCACCCCUGCCCCAACACUCAGCCGAUCCAAGUGCUGGUAACGGAGACGGCGCCCGACGCGUGGGUGAACGUGCACGACAUCCUGCACUUCCUGCCGUCGUCCCCUGGCACUGUGCAGUUCAUCUGGGCGUCCGAGGAGACGGGCCACCUGCACCUGUACCUCAUCACGUGCGCCGUGCCGGGGAAGAGAGCUGAAACAUUAAUAGACAUGCUGUCAGAGGACGAGUCGAACGCCGUGGGCCCCAACAUCAUCAGCAAGGAGGCCAUCACCACCGGGGAGUGGGAGGUCAUGGGGAGGAAGAUUUGGGUAGACGAGUCCCGAGGCCUGGUGUACUUCGUGGGGCUCCGCGAGACGCCGCUGGAGCGCCACCUGUACGUGGCGCCCUACAACCCGCCGCGCCCGCACCAGGUCGCGCUGCUCUCCAGCGUCGGCCACUCGCACACUGUCGACAUGGACGAGGACUGCUCCAUGGCGGUGAUCACGUCCUCCAACAUCAGCAGCGUGCCGAGCACGCGCGUGUACCGCGUGGCGCACGCACCCGCCACCAUGCUGCUGCCGCACGGGACGCUGGUCGAGAGGGCGUGCUCAGAGUCGUCGGACACGCGCUCGUUCAACGGCUCGUGGGACAGCCGCUCGUGCGACGGCGACGACGACAGCGAAGUAUCAUUACUUGUGAGGGAACGUUCUCUCAGCGGCAUAGACGUGCCUCCGCCGCAGAUCCUGUCGACGCGACUGUCGUGCGGCCUCAUGGCGUACUGCACGCUGUGGCGCUGCGCGGGCGCGGGGCGGCGCCCCACCGUGCUGCACGUGUACGGCGGGCCGGAGGUGCAGACGGUCACAAACAGCUACAAGGGUAUUAGACAGCUGCGCAUGCACAUGCUGGCGGCGCGCGGCUUCAACGUGGUGGCGGUGGACUCGCGCGGCUCCAAGCACCGCGGCCGCGCGUGGGAGGCCGCCAUCAAGGGCAAGAUGGGGCAGGUGGAGCUGGACGACCAGGUAGAAGUCCUCCAGUGGCUGGCGAAGGAGACGGGCUGCAUCGACAUGGAGCGCGUCGCCAUACACGGCUGGAGCUACGGCGGGUACCUGUCGCUGCUGGGGCUGGCGACGCGGCCCAACAUCUUCAAGGUGUGCGUGGCGGGCGCGCCCGUGACCUGCUGGCGGCUGUACGACACGGCGUACACGGAACGGUACAUGGGGCUGCCGGCGUGGGGCCCGCACGCCUACAGCCGGGCCAGCGUGCUCGCGCACGCGCCCUUCUUCCCCGACAGGGAGGGCCGGCUGCUCAUCAUCCACGGGCUGGCGGACGAGAACGUGCACUUCUGCCACACGGCGGCGCUGCUGUCCGAGCUGGUGCGACUGGGCAAGCCGCACCGCGUGCAGGUGUACCCCGGCGAGCGACAUUCACUGCGAGCAAUGCACGCGGCGAAACACUACGAAGCGACACUUCUACACUUCUUACACGAAAACCUUUGAACUGCACACAAACACAACUCUCGACACAACACUACCAGUGGCACGUGGUAGAGGAAACAUCCCAGGUGCACCAGGACUUGUGACCUUGUGCAUAGAUUUAAUGGGUCCCUUUACAAUGCAUCAACACUCACCUCCCCUGCCCUACAUGUUCUUCACACAAAACAUUGCACAAAAUCAUUAACGCGACUGGCAGCGUGACGGUGUCGACGCUGCCUAACAAACAACUGGGCUCAAGUGAUCAAAUACCCUCUUAUUUAUAUUAAUACUGAUACCUCUUCUCUACAGUAACAUAAUAUCUGUCUUAAUAUUAAGAUAUUGUGAUGUGGCAUUACUUAUAAAUAAACAUUUUUUUUUGUUUUUACCAAGUAAAUACAGGUCUAGGAAUGAAACGUCCCACUGGCAGUGAAGUGUUUAACUAUGUAUAAUGUAUGUUUUGAUAACUCUAUGCAAUAAUGUGACAUUUUUUUUUUAUUUGAAUAGAUGGUUAUGUAAAGAGAAAUGGACUCCAAUAGCAUGCGUCAACGUCAUAAUAUCUCAUGAAGAAAAGAAAAAUGUCGACAAACAGCGGUGCAACCGAAAUUAUCGCUUUCUCUUUCGUUACAUUGGGAUGAAAGAGAGAGUUAUAUUUCAAGUCCUCUGCCGUCGACUCUCUGUGUUUUAUGUAUAAAUUAGUUAAUAUUUAUUUAAUUGCUCACUUUAAAAAGUCUUAAAAUACAAUAUUAAAAAAAGGUACUUAGUCAAAUAUCUUACUAGCACACAGUUUACUGUUUAAUUAUUGUAUUUCGGUGUCUGUGUUUCAAAACAGUGUUUUUUUUUUGUUUGCGCAGAUUUACAAGACGGAGAUCUUGAGUUUGAUCCCCAGCUGGGCCGAUUGAGGUUUUCUCAAUUGGUCCCGGUCUGGCUGGUGGGAGGCAUCGGCCUUGGCUAGUUACCACCCUACCGACAAAGACGUACCGCCAAGCGAUUUAGUGUACCCUUUACGAUGUCGUGUAGAAACCGAAAAGGGUGUGGAUUUUCAUCCUCCUCCUAUCAAGUUAGCCCGCUUCCAUCUUAGAUUGCAUCAUAACUUAUCAUCAGGUGAGAUUGUAGUCAGGCGAAUUGAGAACCUCCUCCUUCUUUUUAAAGUCGGUUAAAAAUUAAAAAAAAAGUUAAAUGAAAUGAGAAAUAACGUCAUAGUGUAAUUUUUUUAAAUGUUUUUUAACCGCUGAAACGUCCCGUGCAACCAAAAUCGUUGCAUUGCAAGCACCCCUAAACCAUAAUGCAACCAAAAUGGUAGCAUGAAUAAUAAACAAAUAUAAUUUGAAUAAUUAUUUAUUUGAUCGCAAAAAUGAAAAAUCACUACCACUUGAUGUUUAAUAACGUCAUUAUAGUCUGACAAGUUCGUUGAUAUGCGGGCGACGGGGGAAAGACUGCGCGGAUGUGAAAUCGUGCGUGCGGGGAAGUGAGGUGCAUCAGUCAUGGGUUUUUCAUUCAUCGCUGCACGCCCCCCGGCCCGCGCGAACUAUCGGGAGUGUUACGAACGAAGUUGCCAAGCUAUAACGUCAUUUCGUUAAAAUAACCAUAUAAUUACGUAAUCACUACCAUUUUUUUUAAAUGACCUUGAGAUCGGAUUUUAUUGUUUGGUUUCGUAUCGUAUAGAAUAUUUUCGCUAAAUCCCCUUUUAAAAUAAAUCAUUUAUUUAUUUCUACACUUUAUUUUUUUACAUCACAAAACAAGGAGACAAACAAUUCAAUCAUUGAUUAUUAUUUUUCGUAUCUACGUAGGAGAUUAAAACUCCCACAAAUUUAAAACGUUCGAUUAAGAAAAUAUUUUUAUUCGAACGUUUUAAAUAUAUUAUAACAUAUUUCAUUUCAUGGAUGCUAAAAAAUGCUAUAUAGUACCACAGAAUAAAGAAUGAUCCAGAAGUCUUAACAAACAGUGUGGUGAAGGCGGUGAACCCAUAAAAAAGGGGGGAAAAACUAUCGAGAAAAAUUUUACAAAUUGUGUAUUUUGUAUAGUCAUAACGAAGCUAACACUUUGAAAUAUCAUUUACCUAAAUAUCAGGCUCCUAACUUUUCCAAUCUGAGAUCCAGACAUAGCUGGGCAUUAACUCGUUAAUCCGUUAAUCGUUAAUUAACGAAGUUAACAUUUUGAUAAACGGAUUAACUUUUAAGUUAACUUUUAAAAAUGUUAACGGACCCGUUAACUUCCGUUAAUAUGCAGAAGUCCGUUAGUCGUUAAUCCAAUGCCUACUAUUUACCGCGCGACGUGAUUAACAGGUUUAGACAAGUAAGAAAUUAUGAAAGAUUUUUUUUCAAAUAAAUCAACAAAUUACUAUAUUUAUGUUAAAAUUAUUGAUAAAAUCAACUGAAAACAAAUUAUGGCACUUUUCCCCAGUGCUCACCUUUAUUUUUCCAAUGGUAAAUUUUCAAUCUCACACAAUGAUAUAAAAAUGCAAUAUUAACCAGUCAUAUUAACGGAUUAACGAUUAACGUUAACUUGCGUUAAUUCUUCCGGAAUGUAACGCUUUAACGUUUAACGAAGCUAACUUUUUUUGUAGCGGAUUAACGAUUAACGAAGUUAACUAUUUGAUUAACGGUGCCCAGCUAUGGAUCCAGAUAUAUUUGUAACCACCAAAUUACAUAUUGCACACUCUUAAUAUAAACAAUAUUAAUUUCGUGUAGUAUAUAGCAUAAUGGUCCGAACUAUAUCGAUAUUAAUUAAUAAAAUGUUAUUAUUUCUUAAAAAAAAAACUUAAUUUAAAAAAUCAUGUAUUUUCCAAAUGUCAAAAACACUGUCGUCCAUUUUGUGACGUCACAAUGGAUGUGCUAAACGUCAAACUACUAAUAUUUUUUGUCAAACGCUCCGUUUAUAUGGGAUUUGCUAAAGUGACGUCAUGAAACAGUUGAAAUAUAGACCGUCAUGGCCGACAGGCGUUUUGGCUCGUAUUGUAAAAAAAAAACAUUGAAAUUUUUAUGUAAUCACGUCUCAAAAAAAUAUGAUUUUUUUUUAAUCACUUAGAACGAUAAUGAACAAUUUAAGGCUAUUUAAAAAAAAGUGUCAACUAGCCUGUUGGUCUGAGGUGGCUAUGCUAUUCAGUCCCUGUGAGGGCUCAAAAAGGCUAGAACCCAGAGCCGUAAAGCUCAUUAUUAAAAAAAAAAUCAUAGUCCCUGUAUUGUAUUAUUUGUAAAUGUAUGGCUCGUUAUUGCAUAAAGUUGUUUAUUUUGUACCGAAUAGCGCUUAAAGUUAUCAAUAUUAUUAAUUAUUAUUAUUAAUUAAGUUGCCUCACUGUUAUUAUAAAAUAAAUAUUUUAAUGAAUUUAU